GCAGUCAGGAGCUCGUGCCCCGAGCAGCGCGCGCGCAACUUUUACCGCUCUCGUGCCAACUUGUGUCUGGAUUUUGCCGCUCCGUUAACGCGCGCGCACCCGAUACAUGAGCUUCGGGAGAGGGAAGAGGAGGACGGUGGACAGAUAGAAGAAGAAAAAGAAGAAGAAGAAGAGGAGCACGGAGCUCAGGUGCUGCUGCUCCUGGAGCGCGUGAACAGAGGAGGAGAAGGACAGAUAAACCAAGCAAAAAAUAGAAAGAGAGAAAGAGAGAGAGAGAACCAAGGAACAGAGAGAUAGAGAGAGAGAAAGAGCUGCUGUGCUGGAUUUGGCUUUAACACUUGUCUUUUGGACUCUCCAGGCUUCAGCAGAGCUUCCAGUUUUCCCAGGAGUUUCCUGGUUUCUGGAUCUUGGUGAAGCUGAAGUCCGUUCACCAUGUUUUCGGACGGUCUCUGGGCGGUCCGGACUCUCCUGCUGAUGUGUGUUCUGGUUCCGAACGAGGCCAGCGAGCCGCUGUCCGCCCCUCGCGUCUUCCUCUCCUUUAAAGAGCUGAGGUCUACAGGCACGGCUCAUCACUUCUCCUUCCUGCUCAACACGUCUGAUUACCGGAUCCUGCGGAUGGACGAGGAUCACGACCGCAUGUACGUGGGCAGCAAGGACUACAUCCUGUCGCUCGACCUGCACGACAUCAACCACGAGCCGCUCAUAAUCCACUGGCCAGUUUCUCUGCAGAGGAAGACGGAGUGUGUUCUGAGUGGUAAAGACACCAAUGGCGAGUGUGGUAAUUUUAUUCGUCUGAUCGAGCCGUGGAACAGAACUCACCUGUACGUGUGCGGAACAGGAGCGUAUAACCCGGUGUGCACCUACAUCAACAGAGGACGCAAACCCAUGACACCUUUGCACCUGCAGACGCCGCUGGCCAGAGGGAGGGCGAGCCGGGCGGCCGAGCUCGAGACUGUGACUGAUGAGACGGGACUGCAGGAGUACAUCUUCCACUUGGAGCCUGGCAGAGAGGACUCUGGGAAAGGAAAGUGCCCAUACGACCCCAAGCUUAACAGUGUCUCCGCCCUGAUUAAUGGGGAACUCUAUGCGGGCGUCUACAUCGACUUCAUGGGAACAGACUCAGCUAUUUUCCGAACGCUGGGGAAAAACACGGCCAUGCGCACGGACCAGUAUAACUCCAGAUGGCUGAAUGAUCCCUCGUUCGUCCACGUCCACCUCAUUCCAGACAGCGCAGAGAAGAACGACGACAAGCUCUACUUUUUCUUUCGGGAGAAGUCGUUGGAAAUGGGGCAGAGUCCCAAAUCAGAGGCUCGUAUUGGGCGGAUCUGUUUGAAUGAUGACGGUGGUCACUGCUGUUUGGUGAAUAAGUGGAGUACAUUCCUCAAAGCCCGUCUGAUCUGCUCCGUCCCGGGGGCCGACGGCAUCGAAACACACUUCGAUGAGCUCCGAGAUGUGUACAUACAGCCCACGCAGGACACCAAGAACCCCGUCAUCUACGGAGUCUUUUCAGUCUCAGGCUCAGUGUUUAAAGGCUCAGCAGUGUGUGUUUAUUCUAUGGCCGACAUUCGGAUGGUGUUUAACGGACCAUUCUCUCACAAAGAGGGACCUAACUACCAGUGGGUGGCGUACACGGGCAAAAUCCCCUACCCACGACCAGGAACCUGCCCUGGAGGAACCUUCACCCCCAACAUGAAGUCCACCAAAGACUACCCGGACGAGGUCAUCAACUUCAUGCGCAACCACCCCACCAUGUACAACCCCGUUUACCCCGUGCACAAGCGCCCUCUUGUGGUGAGGACAAACGUGGACUAUGAGUUUACAACCAUCACCGUGGACCAGGUGACGGCUGCUGACGGCAACUAUGAGGUGCUGUUCCUGGGCACAGAUAAAGGGACGAUGCAGAAAGUGAUCGUUCUGCCCAGAGAUGAUCUGCAGACCGAGGAGCUGGUGCUGGAGGAGGUGGAGGUCUUUAAGGUCCCCACUCCUAUAACGACUAUGAAGAUCUCUUCUAAAAGACAACAGCUGUACGUGGCGUCGGAGGUGGGCGUGACCCAGCUGGCUCUGCACAGGUGUGACGUUUACGGCGAGGCGUGCGCCGACUGCUGCCUGGCCCGGGACCCUUACUGCGCCUGGGACGGGAAGUCCUGCUCACGAUACUCUGCCUCGCACAAGAGGCUGCCUUUUAGACGUAGCCGGAGACAAGACGUUAAAUACGGGAAUCCCAUACGGCAGUGCAGAGGAUUCAACUCCAACACCAAUAAGAACACUCUGGAGACGGUACAGUACGGGGUGGAGAGCAGCAGCACGUUUCUGGAGUGUCAGGCCAGAUCCCCACAUGCAGCUAUUAAAUGGCACCUGCACAGAGACAACAGCGACCGCAGGAGAGAGGUCCGUACGGACGGCCGGGUGCUGAAGACGGAUCAGGGUCUGCUGCUCCGCUCUCUGCAGCCGUCGGACUCGGGCACGUACGUGUGCACAGCGACGGAGAAGAACUUCAAGCACACGCUGGUGAAGCUGCAGCUGGUGGUGCUCUCCGGCCAGGCGGUCAACAACGUGCUGGUGGAGACGGGCCGGCCCUCCCCGUCCAACCUGCAGGCCAGCGCGUGGACGCCCAGCGCCGGCCAGUACAAAGACCUGCUGACCAUCCUGAGCCAGCCGGAGAUGGGCCUCAUCAACCAGUACUGCCAGGACUACUGGCAACUGGCAGACCAAACGGGAAGCAGCUUCAAACCUAAAGACUUCAAAGAGCUGAAGGAGCAGAAGAAGCCGCGCAACCGCCGACAUCACUUCCAGGAGGAGGAGGAAGAGGAGGACGAGGAAGAGGAGACAUGAGGGGGACGACUCCCGACCAACGCGGUUCAAACUAAGACUUGAUUUAAAAAAAAAAAACCCAAAAGAGAUCAAUCCGAACUUUCAACUUUAAACUGUGCUUCACCAGAACAACGAAAAAAGAGAAAAAACCCAAGAUGUCUCCUUUUAACACGUUAAAAAAAAAUAUAUAUAAAUAUCAUACACAGUAUUUAUUGUAGGUUGUAAAUAGUCUCAUUCUGUGGAUUUCUUUGUACUUAAAUAGAGAAUGGAAAAAGAGAAAAAAGAAAGAAUGAAAGAAUGCUCUCGUUCGCACAGAGCAGACAUUAUUGUUAUAUAAUUUUUACUGUCAUUAUGAGAUAAAAAAGGAGAAAGAAAAAAAUACUUAGAGAAAGAGAGAGAACAAUUUCCAGUUCCCAUCUUCCGGGCAUUGACUACUUCCGCGCUAUUUCCAUGGCUAGGGAAUUUCAAGAGACUCUAUUAGAGACUGGACUGGAUAAAACGGUUUUGGUCGAAGACGAGAAAAGAAGAGAAGAGAAAAGAGAGCAAGAACCGGCUGAGAACCAGCAAAGUUCUCCAAAGUUCUGCUCUCUGUGGACUCAUGGACUCGUGGCCUGAAAACGAGACAUUUAUUUUACCACAGCCGAGCUCCAGAAAUUCAGAAAGUUCUGUGUUCUGGUCCAUCUGUUACAAAGCAGCUCUUUAUGGACUUCUGUACAGUCUUCCCACAGAUCUGACAUCAUCAUCAUCAUCAUCAUCGACAUACAGUAUAUAUAUAUACAGAUAUAUAAAUAUGCACAAAAAAACACAACAUUAUUGACAUUAUUGUUGCACAUCUCUGGCAGUUUGCAAUAUUAAUCCUAUUUGAAUUAAUGAGGAAAGUCAGUGCAGUUUUUCACUGUUUUUCACUGUUUUUCACUUUUUUCACGUCCUCAUCCUGGACCCGGACAGCUCAACUGUGAGUUGGUUAAAAUCUGUAUCAGGUCCUUAUUUAAUUUAAUUUAAGAUACAGUAGCAGUCAAACCUGUGGACAAUCUUUCUUGUUUCCUUUUGUUUCCUGCAGAUUUUGCAGUAGGUAUAGCAGUUGGUGUGUUGAUAGUGGUUGGUGUGGUGCAGUGGAUAACACCACCGCCUGCCGAUGAGCUAUUACAGGGGUUGGACAAUGAAACUGAAACACCUGUCAUUUUAGUGUAUGCGGUUUCAUGGCUAAAUUGGAGCAGCCCGGUGGCCAAUCUUCAUUAAUUGCACAUUAUUGCACCAGUAAGAGCAGAGUGUGAAGGUUCAAUUAGCAGGGUAAGAGCACAGUUUUACUCAAAAUAUUACAAUGCACACAACAUUAUGGGUGACAUACCAGAGUUCAAAAGAGGACAAAUUGUUGGUGCACGUCUUGCUGGAGCAUCUGUGACCAAGACAGCAAGUCUUUGUGAUGCAUCAAGAGCCACGGUAUCCAGGGUAAUGUCAGCAUACCGCAAAGUAGGACCAACCACAUCCAACAGGAUUAACUGUGGACGCUGUAAGAGGAAGUUGUCUGAAAGGGAUGUUCAGGUGCUAACCCGGAUUAUAUCCAAAAAACAUAAAACUACGGCUGAUCAAAUCACGGCAGAAUUCAAUGUUCACCUCAACUCUCCUGUUUCCACCAGAACUGUCCGUCACCACAAUCAAUUAUUGUGGUCUAAAACCAGGUAUUUCAGUUUCAGUGUCCAACCCCUGUAUAUCACGUAGACAUUAGUUCAGAUAUUAGAUCAUUGCGCAAGUAGGGGUGGACGAUAUGGCCCUAAAAUAAUAUCACAAUAUUUGUCAUGGUACUUUCGCUAUAUUUCACAAUAACGAUACUCUAAAUAAAAAUAUAUUUUUAAGAAUACAAUACUGCAACUAAAUAAAAGUGACAUUUUAUUAUUGCAUACCACGAUAUGAUAUGGGGCACACUCCUAACUGUAAUAUUAAAAAAGAAUACAAAAGGAAUUUGAUCAGAUUCGUAACAGAAGUCUAAUAAGAUACUAAUAAUAAUGCACUUCAUAUAUCUUCAUAUAUAUAUUCAGGAUUAAAGUAAAAUAAAUGAUACUGGACAGAUAUAAUGAGAGACCACUUAAAAAUGCAGAAUUUCUCAUUUUACCAAUUUAAAAAACUUCUAAAAUAUAAUCAAGAGGAAGAUGGAUGAUCACAAGCCAUCAAACCAAACUGAACUGCUUGAAUUCUUGCACCAGGAGUGAGUGGCAUACAGUUAUCCAAAAGCAGUGUGUAAGACUGGUGGAGCAGAGGAGAACAGGACAAAAUGCAUGGUUAAACUGUGAUUAAAAAACAGGGUUAUUCCAGCAAAUAUUUGUUUUUCUGAACUCUUAAAACUAUUAUUAUGAAUAUGAACUUGUUUUCUUUGCAUUAUUUGAGGUCUGAAGUCUGUAGUUUAUAGAAUAAAACAACAAUGUUCAUUUUACUCAAACAUAAACCUAUAAAGAUCAAAAUCAGAGAAACUGAUUUAGAAAUGUAAUGUAAGAAAAGUAAUCUCUUAUUUUUUUUCCCUAUUGUCCACAAGUUUGACUGCUGCUUCUAUAGAUUACAGGUCAUUCUGUAAAACAAGGGGGUCAUUAGAGGUCAACACCACACAAGCACAAGCGAUUAAAGCCCGGUUGAUACCUCAGCUGAGCUUUAUCUCUCACAUUCGCCACUUUUAAAAAGAAUAAAAGCACAAAACGCUUCGCCGCGGUGAAGCUCACGUUAAUGCCACAACUCAGCCCAAGCACAACCCCAUCAGUGAGGGAACAUCUGACCAUCUGACCAUCUGACCUACUGACUAAACCCACUCACAGAGCACAUCUGGAGGCAUCUGGUGCUGUGUGGAGCACUGGAGCAGCCGCGUGGUUAGGGAUCCACUCAUUGCAUUGGGAAGCUGGCUUUUCACUGUGUGCAUGACUAAUGUAUUUGUACUGUAAUUAUUAUAAAUCUGAAACUGCUACGUUGCUGUUAUUACGAUUUAUUUUCUUUUCACGUUUUUUUUUUUUUUCAGAAAGGAAAUCAGAGUUCUUCCAUAAAUCAUUUAAGGGAGUUUUUUUAUACUUGUAAACAACGAAAAAACACAGUUUCUUGUCAGUCCUCCUACGAGUACUACAGUAUAUAAAUUUGUUAUUUUCCUCGGAAAAAGUCCAAAACUUUCCAGAACCUGAAUAAAUAUGUGUUCCUCCACCUGCAGACAGCAAAUCACAGCGAGAGGAAAAAGACUGUACAAUUUCUCCGUCUUUAAAAAAAAAAAAAACGUGUCUUCAGAAAUCGUUCGUGUUUUAUGUUUUUUUUUUCUUUUCUUUUCUUUUCUUUUUUGUUAUCAGACUAAAGACUUUAAUGCACAGGUGAUGUUUAUUGUAAUGACUCGUGUAAAAAUCACUUCCCUCCCCUCUUCCUCCUCUUGUUGAUGUUGCCGACUAAUAAAUUAAAGCUCUAUCUUUUAUAGAAAUCCAACACCUA